CUCUAAAUGGAACCAAACUGUGUCACAGCAUGACAGAGAGGUCGUUAAUUUGUCCUUAUUAAUUUGUCUAUAUUUGUUAUUGCAUGCCGCCAAAAUGUAAUUUGAAACCGGAAGUUCCUCCCGACACUUCCCGGAAGUUCCCCUCUGAGCUUGUUGUUUUUGUUUGCUAGUAGAGGGAUUGUGGUGGAAAAAAAUGGCGACGUCUCGUCGCGCUUCCCAGCAGCAACACCAGAGCUUAUCUUCGCCUCCGCGCGUUGCCACGAGUUCUCUCACUCCGCCUGGAUCUCCUCCGGGUGCCGGCGUCCCGAACAUAUCACCUCCGGCCGGUGGUGAACAGGACGGGGCCGGAGAUGCUGACCCGAGCGCGGCCUCCUCCCCCGCUCCACUCCGCAGUGCUAGCAGCACUAGCAGCAGUAGCACCAGCACUAGCAGUGCUAGCUCCCCGAGCACCACAGGAGGCUCGAGCCCGGAUUCAGCUAGCACGAGUCCGUCUGGCGGCUGCGCGAGUAGCGGCGCUUUCCGGGAGCUGUUCGAGGCCUGCCGAAAUGGAGACGUGUCUCGGGUGAAGCGGCUGGUGGAUUCGGUUAACGUUAACUCUAAGGACAUGGCCGGGCGCAAAUCCACUCCACUCCACUUUGCUGCAGGUUUUGGGAGGAAGGACGUAGUGGAGCAUCUUCUGCAGACAGGAGCAAACGUGCACGCUCGCGACGACGGCGGUCUGAUCCCCCUUCACAACGCCUGCUCGUUCGGCCACGCCGAGGUGGUGAGCUUGCUGCUGUGCCAGGGAGCCGACCCCAACGCCAGAGACAACUGGAACUACACGCCACUCCACGAAGCCGCCAUCAAGGGCAAAAUCGACGUGUGUAUAGUACUGCUCCAGCACGGCGGAGACGCCAACAUCCGCAACACCGACGGCAAAUCAGCGCUGGACCUGGCCGAGCCGUCCGCCAAAGCCGUACUCACUGGCGAAUACAAGAAGGACGAACUGCUGGAAGCGGCGAGGAGCGGAAAUGAAGAGAAGCUCAUGGCCCUGCUCACCCCACUCAAUGUCAACUGCCACGCCAGCGACGGCCGCAAGUCGACUCCACUACAUCUGGCGGCGGGAUACAACCGAGUCCGAAUUGUCCAGCUCCUCCUGCAGCAUGGCGCCGACGUGCACGCAAAGGACAAGGGCGGCCUCGUCCCUCUGCACAACGCCUGCUCCUACGGCCACUACGAAGUCACGGAGCUGCUGCUCAAGCAUGGCGCGUGUGUGAAUGCCAUGGACCUGUGGCAGUUCACCCCCCUGCACGAGGCAGCGUCCAAGAACCGUGUGGAGGUUUGUUCCCUGCUGCUGAGCCACGGGGCCGAUCCCACGCUGGUCAACUGUCACGGCAAGAGCGCGGUGGACAUGGCCCCCACACCCGAGCUCAAAGAGAGACUCACCUACGAGUUUAAGGGUCACUCGCUGCUCCAGGCGGCGCGUGAGGCCGACAUGGCCAAAGUGAAGAAGACGCUCGCUCUGGAGAUCAUCAACUUCAAACACCCGCAGACCCACGAGACCGCGCUGCAUUGUGCCGUCGCCUCGCCCCACCCGAAGAGGAAGCAGGUCACCGAGCUGCUGCUGCGGAAAGGCGCCAACGUCAACGAGAAGAACAAAGACUUUAUGACUCCUCUGCAUGUGGCAGCUGAGAGAGCGCACAACGACAUCCUGGAGGUGCUGCAGAAACAUGGGGCCAAGAUGAACGCAGUGGACACUCUGGGACAGACGGCGCUGCACCGGGCGGCUCUGGCCGGUCAUCUGCAGACGUGUCGAAUGCUGCUGAGUUACGGCGCAGAUCCAGCCGUCGUCUCGCUGCAGGGCUUCACCGCCGCGCAGAUGGGCAACGAAGCCGUCCAGCAAAUCCUCAACGAAAACAUUCCAGUGAGGAACUCGGAUGUAGACUACAGGCUUUUAGAGGCAGCUAAAGCAGGAGACCUGGACACUGUGAAGCAACUGUGCUCUGCUCAGAACGUGAACUGCAGGGAUCUGGAGGGACGUCACUCGACGCCGCUGCACUUUGCGGCAGGCUACAACCGCGUGGCUGUGGUGGAGUACCUGCUGCAUCACGGCGCCGACGUCCACGCCAAAGACAAAGGAGGUCUGGUGCCGUUGCACAAUGCCUGCUCGUACGGGCAUUACGAAGUGGCCGAGCUGCUGGUGAGACACGGUGCGUCGGUGAACGUGGCCGACCUGUGGAAGUUUACGCCGCUGCACGAAGCUGCUGCCAAGGGCAAAUACGAGAUCUGCAAGCUGCUUCUGAAGCACGGCGCCGACCCGACGAAGAAAAACCGUGACGGAAACACACCCCUAGACAUGGUGAAAGAAGGGGACACGGAUAUCCAGGACCUGCUGAGAGGAGACGCUGCACUUCUGGACGCCGCGAAGAAAGGCUGCUUGGCUCGCGUGCAGAAACUCUGCAGCCCCGAGAACAUCAACUGCAGAGACACGCAGGGGCGCAACUCUACCCCGCUACACCUGGCAGCGGGUUAUAAUAACCUGGAGGUAGCGGAGUAUCUUCUGGAGCACGGCGCAGACGUGAACGCGCAGGACAAAGGCGGCCUCAUUCCCCUCCACAACGCAGCCUCAUACGGACACGUGGAUAUUGCGGCUCUGCUGAUCAAGUACAACACGUGUGUGAAUGCCACGGAUAAGUGGGCAUUCACUCCUCUCCACGAGGCUGCGCAGAAGGGACGCACCCAGCUGUGUGCCCUGCUGCUGGCGCACGGAGCCGACCCCACCAUGAAAAACCAGGAGGGCCAGACACCACUCGACCUCGCCACGGCUGACGAUAUACGGGCUUUGCUGAUUGACGCCAUGCCUCCUGAUGCCCUACCCAGCUGCUUUAAGCCUCAGGCCACGGUGGUGAGCGCCACCGUGAUCUCGCCCGCCUCCACUCCGUCCUGCCUGUCAGCCGCCAGCAGCAUCGAUAACCUGGCCGGUCCAUUGGCUGAGCUCUCAGCGUCCGGAGCAUCAGGGCCUGCAGACGGAGCCACAGGGACUGAGAGGAAGGAGGGAGAGAUUACCAUUCUGGAUAUGAACAUCAGCCAGUUCCUGAAGAGUUUGGGCCUCGAGCAUCUGCGGGACAUUUUCGAGAGGGAGCAGAUCACUCUGGACGUGUUGGCUGAUAUGGGCCACGAGGAGCUGAAGGAGAUCGGCAUCAACGCGUACGGUCACCGCCACAAGCUUAUCAAAGGCAUCGAGAGACUGCUGGGCGGUCAGCAAGGUGCCAACCCAUACCUGACAUUCCACUGUGCGAGUCAGGGCACAGUCCUGAUCGACCUGGCACCUGACGAUAAAGAGUUUCAGUCUGUGGAAGAGGAGCUUCAGAGCACGAUCAGAGAGCACAGGGAUGGAGGAAACGCCGGCGGAGUCUUCAGCAGAUACAACAUCCUGAAGAUCCAGAAAGUGGUGAAUAAGAAGCUGAGAGAGAGAUACGCACACAGACAGAAAGAGAUCGCUGACGAAAAUCACAACCACCACAACGAGCGCAUGCUAUUCCACGGCUCUCCCUUCAUUAACGCCAUCAUCCAUAAAGGUUUCGACGAGAGACACGCCUACAUCGGGGGAAUGUUCGGAGCGGGGAUCUACUUUGCUGAGAAUUCAUCUAAGAGCAACCAAUAUGUGUACGGCAUCGGCGGCGGCACCGGCUGCCCCACACACAAAGACCGCUCCUGCUACGUCUGCCACAGGCAGAUGCUGUUCUGUCGCGUGACCCUGGGCAAAUCCUUCCUGCAGUUCAGCGCCAUGAAAAUGGCCCAUGCUCCUCCGGGGCACCACUCAGUCAUCGGGCGGCCCAGCGUCAACGGCCUGGCCUACGCCGAGUACGUCAUCUACAGAGGCGAGCAGGCGUACCCGGAGUACCUCAUCACGUAUCAGAUCAUGAAGCCGGAGAGCACGGCGCAGCCGCCAGCCGCAGCAGAGCAGAAGUCUUGAGUGUCCAGAGCUGUCCUCCGGCACUCUGCUCAGACUGUUACCACACUCCUUCACACACAUUCUGGCCUCCAGCUCAUCCUCUCCAUCGUUCUCCGGCCCUCGCACCUGGCCUCGCUGACUCUCAGCUCACACCUGCAGCGGUAGUGUUUUUAAGCAAACCCCUCCUCCACUACAUGUUUACUGAAUGAGGGCUGAAGUGAUCGAAGACAAGUGACUUAAUUUCCAUAGCUUUUUCUCAUUUAAUAAAAUCAUCCAGUGCACAUUUCUCUUCCCUUUUUUUUUUUUUUUUUACCCCCCCAAGUGUCCUUUCUUUAAACCAUUUUAUUGUGAAUUAUUUUAAACCUUAACACACUACACGAUGGACCGGAUCAUCGUAAACACUCCACGGACCUGCCAUGUUUUUUUUUUGUUCUUUCCAUAAUCCUGUUCCGUGGAGCCUCUCGUCUCGGACUCUUUCUCGCGAAAGCCUUUUGGAAGUUGGACAGGUGUGAAAAGCAAGCAGUUUUCCAAUUUGAGCCUUUAAUAGCAAAAUGUUUAACACUUUGGAUUUUUGUUUGUUUGUUUUUGACUUUGCACAGGUAAAAGUCAGACGUAUCUCCUCCGUUAGCAUAUCUGGAUUCUAAAAAUGCAUUGUUUUAAAAGGACUUGCACUGUUAGGCAGGAUUUAACUUAUUCUAAUGAAACCGUGAAAUGGCAUUUACGGAAACGAGCAUUUCCUGUAAUGAUUGUGACGGAUGCGGGCUUCGGUGAAAGCUCUCCCGUGUGUGUGCUCGUGUUUUCUGAUGAAGAGUGGCUUCAUUAGUGGAGCUUUUUCUUUCCUCUUCUCUGAUCCCUUUGUCUGCUUUCAGUAACAUUUUUACAUUGUUGAGUUGUUUUGUUUUUGUUUUUUUUUGGAUGACAGCUGAGCGAUCUGUAUUUUCGGUCUCAUUCCAGCGUAAUCUCUCGCAGAGGUCCCCCCCACCCCACCCCCCCUCGGAGACACUACUGACAUUUCGGCAUCACGGAUGCACAUUCACAGGUUGUGUAGAACAGUUUGGAUGUGAACAUGCCCCUGGAGAGUUCUGUUUGGCUUGAGGUUGCUGUUUUGUUUGUUGUUGUUUUUUUGUUUUUUUUAAAUAAUUUGAAGUGGAUUGUAUGGUAUUCCACUUCUCCACCAACACAGUACUGGUGCUCUACAGGGAAUCAGCCUUUUUUUUUUUUUUUUUUUUUAAAUAACCAGCCCACGUUUUUCACCAUUCGAAGAUGUGAACUAUUAUGUAACAUGACCAGGUGUAGGAGUUUCCUAAUGGGGGAAAAAAAAAAAAAAAACCCGUGUAG